CCGCCGCAAAUUCAAGAAAACGUAAUAUAGAAGGAUUAGAAGCGAAUACUCAAGUUAAUACAUAUCCAUCAACAACGCGUGAAGAGGUCUCAAUUUGUCAUAAUUCAUGGUUCGAUGCAAAAGCAAGAUCAAUGUUUAUUAUUACACCAAAACGUCAUGUAGAACGUUUAUCUGAUUGUUGUAUAUACCCAUGGUCCGAUGAAAAUUCAAAGUACUUUGAACGCUAUCGAUUAAUUCUGUUCGUAGAGGCCAUGAGCCGAUUUUUAUUAACAUUAUCUUCAUUUAACAUUCAAAAUGGUUUUCAAAAUUCCAUACCAGUUUUUCAAUUAAUGUUAAAAGUUGCAGAGGAUUAUAAAUUAAUCGAGUUCAUAUAG